AUGAAAGCACUAGCUUAAGCUACAGAUGUGGAAUAAGGUGUUUUACGUUUAAUAAUUGUAUAUAAAUUAUAGAAUCGAAGAAAUGUCAUCAGCACAUUUAUCGACAGGACGUUUAAAUGUAGAAAUUCUUCAAAAACAAGCAAGAAAACAGUUACUUUGCUUUCUUGAAAAAUGUGAUGGCACAAAGGUAAUUAUAUGGGAUCAAUCUCUUGCAGGACCAAUUGGUCUUGUUGCAAAAUAUAAUUUACUCGAGGAGCAUGAUGUUGUCACAAUAUAUCCUUUAUGUGGUGGAAGCUUAACAAUACCACCAAAUAUUGUUAAUAUAAUAUUUAUAACUAGACCUCAAUUAAGUCUUAUGGAUUUAAUUGCUGAGAAUGUUCAUGGCGAAGAAGGAAAAAGACCUCGUAAAGAAUUUCAUUUAUUCUUUGUGCCAAGAAAAAGUCUUCUUUGUCAAAAGAAACUUCAAAAUCGAGGUGUUUUUGGUAGUUUUACAUUAAUAGAAGAAUUUAAGUGGGACUUAUUUCCUUUUGACAAUGAUCUUCUUUCCAUGGAACUUAGUGAAUCAUUUAAAGAAUUUCAUCUAGAAAAUGAUCCUACUUGUUUAUAUCAAGUUGCACAAGCUAUUCAUGGUUUACAAAAAUUAUAUGGAAAAAUUUCAAAAGUUACUGGAAGAGGACCUGCUGCUAGCAAAGUGUGGGAGUUAUUAGAAAGAUUAAAUAGAGAAGAAGAAGAUAAUAAAACAUCUGUUCAAUCAUCUAUUAUAGAACAUUUAUUAUUAUUAGAUCGCUCUGUAGAUUUACUUUCACCUUUAGUUACACAGUUAACAUAUGAAGGAUUAAUUGAUGAAAUUUUUGGAAUAGAAUAUAACACUGUGGAGUUACCAGCAAGAAGAUUUCAUGAUUCUCAAAACUCACCAACAACAAUGUCACUUAAUGGGAAAGAACAAAUCAUAUUGAACUCUGGAGAAGAAUUAUUUGCAGAAAUUAGGGAUAAAAAUUUUAAUGGAGUAGGACCUGUUCUUAGUAAAAAAGCUAAAGUUAUUUCAUCACAGUUAGAUGAGAGACAUGGAGAUAAAAGUGUACAAGAAAUUAAACAAUUUGUAGCACGAUUACCACAUAUGUUGGCUACUAAGCAAUCAUUAGCAAAACAUACAACAAUAGCAGAAAUGAUAAAAGAAGUAACAGAUUCUAGUAGCUUUUUAGAAUCAUUACAAGUGGAACAAGAAUUGUUGAACUGCAUUGAUACUGAUAAACCAAAUACUUUUAUAGAAGAUAUGAUAGCACAACAACAACCACUUCUAAAAGUUUUACGACUUCUCUGUAUACAAUCUUUAACAAAUUCUGGACUUAAACCAAAAUUAUUGGACUUUUAUAAGAGAGAAAUAAUACAAACGUAUGGAUAUCAAAACUUACCAACUAUAUUAAAUUUGGAAAAAGUUGGAUUAUUAAAACCACAACAAUCUGCACGCCAAUAUGCAGUUUUACGAAAAGCAUUAAGACUUACAGUUGAAGAUGAAAGUGAAAUUACACCGAAAGACAUUAGUUAUGUUCAUUCUAUAUAUGCACCAUUAAGUGUUCGACUAGCAGAACAACUUAUUCAACCAAAUGGUUGGCAAGGUUUAAAUGAUGUAAUGGGAUUACUACCUGGGCCUACUAUUAAUAGUGUAUCAUAUAAUAUACCAUUAUAUGGAAGAAGAAAUUCUAUUAGCAGUGAAGAUUCUAAUUCAGAACCACCAAAAUUAGUAAUGGUUUUUUUUAUUGGAGGGUGUACAUUUGCAGAAAUUUCUGCAUUGAGAUUUUUAUCUCAGCACGAAGAUUUAAACGUAGAAUUUGUUGUCUGCACUACAAAGCUAAUAAAUGGAAACACGUUCUUAAUGUCAUUAAUGGAAAAUCUAGAAAGUACAUAA